GCAAGUUCAAACGCCACGAGUAGACAGAAGCCGCUGUGGAAUACCAGCACCACCAAGACGCCGACCAGAUCGGAAACACAAUGCUGCAUCUCUACCUCCUUCCUCCCGCCCUCCUCCUUGCUGUCGCCAAUGCCCAAAAAUCAACCUUCCAAUCCGACAUGUCCCAAGACGCCUCCCGAGCAGCCGUCUCCGCAUCCCUCAUGAACAUAACCUUCUCAACCACAACAACAGCCGACUGCGCCCAAAACACCACCAACACCGACGCCCUCAGCAUAGCAAUCCGCACCGUGCCGAAAAAAUCCACAUGUUUCAACAUAGCCGAAACAUUCUCCGGAAACAACACCUCCGCUUACUCUACGAAAGGCUACACCUGCGACAACGGAAUCGCAUGCGGAGUCAACUACACAGUAAUGUCCUGGUCCUACAACUCCGCAGCAAACUACUCCCAAAUCUGGUAUACGCAGACACGAAACCCAUUCACAUUCCACGCAGCCAACGACACGAAGGAACCCGUCGUCGGUGGCAGACUCACAUUCUCUACGUUCAAUGGAGAGGAUUGUAAGAAAGUGAAAGUCGAGGGGACGGGACAUAAGGCCGAGAAGUUUGAGUGGAAUUGCAAUUCUGAGGAUGGUGAAUGUAGCACUGUACCUUUUCCGAUCAAGAGUUUUUCGAUCAGCAUGACGGAUCCUGAUGAUGUGAAUGAUCGGAAUUGUACGAUUGCUAAGACUGCGGAUGCGAGAAGCAAACAUGAAGAGCAGAGGACGAGUACGGUGUUCAUUGCGCUUGCGGUUGCGUUCGCCGGGGUGGCGUUUUUGGUAUAG